AUGACUAGAUACAAACAACUUGGUGACGAUAAACAAGAUGAUGAAAAUCAGCAAACUAAUAAUAAUAAUUUAAAUGAAGAAAAUAAUUUAAAUAAUAAUAAUAGUAAUAAUAAUAAUAAUAGUAAUAAUAAUAAUAUUGAUAAUAAUAAUAAUGAAGAUAAUCAUAAUGAGGAAGGAAGAAUUUUAAAUAAUAGUAAUACUAAUAUUCAAAGACCACAAAAUAUUUUAACAUCAGUAAGAAGCCCAGAGCUUUAUUAUUUACCACCUAAAAAGAUAUCAUUACCAGGUGAUAGCUCACCUUCAACACUAUUACAUCAAUCAUUAAAUAGUAAUGGUGCAGGUGGUAGUAAUGCUAGUAGUAAUGCUAGUAGUAAUAUUGGUAGUAAAUCAAAUACACCUAUGUUAAUAUCAACCAAUUCACCAAAAUUAACCAAUAAUUCAAGUUCACCAAUUAAUAUUUUAACAAACUCCCAUUCAAAUUUAAUGAAUAGUAGUAGUGAUAUUUAUAUAAGCAGUAAUAAUAAUAGUAAUGGUUUUCCACCAUUAAGUUUGGAUAAUCAUUAUCAACAACAACAACAACAACCAAAUAACAAUAAAAAUAAUAAUAAUAAUGAUGAGUCAAUAACAGUUGAAGAAAUGAAAGCACAACAUAUUAAAAAUAAAGAAGAUUAUGAUACUAUUAACUUUAUGAAUACAAUUAAACAAAUUAGAACAUUUAAAUUUGAAAAAAAACAUAAAAAAAAAUUACAAAGAUAUUUAUAUAAUUUAGUUCCAAUCAUUGAUUGGUUACCAAAAUAUAAUUGGAAAUCUGAUUGGAAAGGUGAUUUAAUAUCUGGUAUAACUGUUGGUGUAAUGCUUAUUCCACAAGGUAUGGCUUAUGCAUUGGUUGCAAAAUUACCACCAAUUUAUGGUUUAUAUUCAUCUAUUUUACCAGUAUUAGCAUAUUGUAUAUUUGGAACAUCAAAACAAUUAUCAAUGGGACCAUUUGCAAUCAUUUCAUUGUUGGUAUCAGAAACAGUUACAGGUGUUGUUGGUGCUGGUAAUACUGAUGAAGUUUAUCAUGUUAGUGUAGCUAUACUAUUGGCUUUAGUAUGUGGUGCUAUGCAAAUGUUUUUAGGUUUAAUAAGGUUUGGUUUCGUUGCAAAUUUUUUAUCUGAUCCAGUUCGUACUGGUUUUACAAGUGGUUGUGCUUUAAUUAUUGGUAGUAGUCAAUUAAAACAUAUAUUUGGAUAUGGUGUUGAAGAAACCAAUUUUUUAUUAUUAUUAGUAAUUAGAUAUUUAAAAGAUAUUGCAAAAACAAAUUGGUGGUCAUUUUUAUUGGGUAUAAUUGGUGUUGUAUUUUUAUUGGGUAUUAAAAAGUUGAAUGCAAGAUUUAAAUUAAAGAUACCAGGACCAUUGUUGGUUGUUGUAGUUUUCACAUUCUUUUCAUUUAUUUUAAAACUAGAGCAAAGAGCACAUAUAAAGGUGGUUGGUGAAAUUCCAUCCGGGUUUCCAUCACCAUCAUUCCCAUUGGUACGUUAUAAUCAAUCAUUGUAUAGUCAGAAUGAAGGUGUGGACGGGUUACCACUACCACCCAAUACCAAUUGGUUUAGUGUUUUAAUUCAAUUGAUACCAGGCUCAUUGGUAUUAACAUUGGUUGGAUUUAUAAGUAGUAUUUCAAUUGGUUCUAAAUUUGGUGAGAAAUAUAAUUACAUAGUUGAGCCUAAUCAAGAACUUUUUGCAUUGGGCGCCAGUGAUUUCUUUGGUGCCUUCUUUUUAUCGUUCCCAGUGGGUGCAUCAUUAUCAAGAACAGCAGUAAACGCACAGAAUGGUGCAGUAUCACAAGUUUCGUCAUUCAUUUGCACGGUUAUCAUUGUAAUUAGUGUUUUCUUUUUAACACCAGUGGUGUACUUCUUACCAAGGGCAGUUCUAUCAUCGAUUGUAAUCGUUGCAAUCAUUGAUUUGGUUGAAUAUCAGAUGGUAUUUGAUCUUUGGAAAGUUCAUAGAAAAGAUUUACUCCUAUUUGGUAUUUCAUUCCUUUCAACUACAAUACUUGGAAUUUUACAAGGUAUAUUAAUUGGUGCAAUCGCCUCUUUAUUAAUGAUUAUCUAUCGUAGUGCUUAUCCACCAUUUGCAGUAUUGGGUCGUUUACCUGGAACAGAGAUCUAUAAAAACAUUAAACGUGUACCAAAAGCUGAAACUUUCAAAGGUGUCCGUAUCGUUCGUAUUGAUGGUUCAAUUUAUUUCGCAAAUUGUAUGUUUAUAAAGAAAAAACUAAGACAUCACGAACCAUUCUCUUUAAAGAGUGGUGACCAAAAUCAUGGUAGUCAAGAGGAUAUCAUUUCUUUCAUGACAGAUAGUGAGGCUGAAAAUGCUUACAUUGAUGAUGAUGAACCAAUUGAAGUUGAUAUCGAUGGUCAUAAGAUUAUUGGUGCAAUUAUCAUUGAUUUCAGUUCUGUGAAUGAUAUAGAUUCAACUGGUAUUCGUAUGUUGAAGGAAUUAGUAUCAGAUUUUAGAAAGAGACAAUUGGUAAUUUAUUUUGCAUCAGUAAAAGGUUACGUUAGAGAUAGUAUGAAAAGAGGUGGUGUAGUCGAUCAUUAUGGUGCCGAUCAUUUCUUUUGGACAAUUAAUGAUGCUGUUGAACAUCAUCUUUUCUUAUUAAGACAAUCAAAAAGAAGUAAAGAACUUUCAAAAUCUCGUUCAAUUAAUAAUAGUUCAAAUAAUGUUAUAUUUAACAAACAAAUUCAAAAUAAUUCAAUUUUAACAACAACAACAACAAAUAUUGAUAAUGAUUUUGAUGAUGUUGUUGGUAAUGCUAGUGGUAAUAUACCAUUAAUUAAUUUAAAGAAAAUUUAG